AUGAAUAUCACGGAUUUCACGAACCCUUUCACGGCAGAUAAAUGUCCAACCUUGGCAGGGAAACCAAAACUGUUUUUUGUUCAGGCAUGUCGUGGUCACAAGAGAGACACUGCAGUUCCUUUUACACUUAAUGUUGCGAGUACUAUAGAAAAAACAGAACUCAAGUUAAUUCCCUGCCAAGCUGACUUUCUAAUUGCAUCUUCUACACCAGAAGGUUAUUCCUCAUGGAGAAAUAAAGCAAACGGAUCUUGGUUUAUUCAAGCACUUUACUUGUGUAUUCAACGCUAUCCUUCGCUUGAGAUAAUGCAGAUUAUGACAAGAGUAAACAGAAUGGUAGCACUUCACUUUGAAAACACCAACACCGAGUCUCCUGACAUUUACAAACAAAUACCUUCAAUAUGCACAAGGUUGACUGGAGAGCUUUAUUUCCAUAAACCUGGAAGUACCGUCGUGGAAUCACAUAUUUCUAAUAAUGAUGCCAGCAAUGCAUAUGACCAAUCCAUUGCAAUUGAGACAACUACUGAGGAAAGAAACAGAACUUAUAAAAGAAGUAAAUCAACUUUUCUGCAAAGAAUCCGGAAAAGCUUUCGUAGAGGUAAAAAAACCAAGACAGGACGACACAGCGCUACCUUUUAACUUUAAACACUGAAGCAGGGUAAAAGUAGGGUAAUUAUCUAAUUGCCAGAGGUGGCCAAACUACCACUCUCUUUAGUCUUAUGUGUGCAGCUUUUUGAACUUUUUUUUUGACAUAAGUUUUUGUGCCAUUUUUAUGAUAUAUAUAUUAUAUUUUUUGUAAUUUUAAAGGGCCACAAAUUGUCUGUCACACAGUAAGCCAUCAUUAGGGUAUGUUCUUAAUGUCUGGUCAAUUCUUUAAUAUCACAAACAUAAAAAAUUCAUAAGGUCUAUUUAAUACAUACAUGAGUUAGCCAUUGUAAAAUUUUGUAUUAUGUGCUGCUGAUGUAAUGCAAAUUGGCCACCUCUAUGUUUUUUUAUUUAUCAUAGAACUGUAAUGUCAACUGAUGUGUUUUAAAUUGUAUUUUUUCUUGUGUGUGUGUGUAUGUGCUAUUAGUUACUAGUAUAUGCAUAAUACCGUUCCAUGGCAACUUAAAAAACUUAAUAGUUAUUUGUUCUACUGUGAAUAUAUUUAAGUUACUAAGCAAUAUUAUCUUUUACACAACGUAGCAGUGCCUUUUUGAGUUCAUAUACGUUUGCCGAUUAGUUAAGUUUUGAUAAUUUUUUAAACAUUUUUUAACAGUUUUUUUUACCUUAAAAUAAGUGAAAGUAAUUUUAAAAUUUUAGAAAUAUAAAUAUUUUUCAAUGACUUCAUAUGAUGCCACAGCAGUGUCAAUUUAAAAUUUCCACUUCAACUUUGACCACCAACGAUAUGUUAUUGGGUUUAUAUAAUUAAAACCAGGUGUCCUGACCUGGCAUUACCAUGGUAUGCAUUUACUUCAUACACCUGGUUUGGACCCUGUGGGCAUUUGUACAUUUGUGUUUAAUUUGCCAUUUUGUUUAUUUAUACAUGUUACUUGUUUUAUCCUCGCGUGGCAGAAAAACGACAGCCGUUAUAACACGGGUGUUCUGUUUUAUACACCCCAUGCCAGCUUACGAGUUAUUAACAAAUGUUAUUUGUGGGUUUCUUUUGUUGACAAUUUAUACAACCAAUUAGUGACUGUAUUAAUUUUUGUCCACUAAAGUUUCUGAUAAACACUAUGCAUGGUACACUGUUUUAACUAAUCUCUGCUUUAAUGUCAUUUUUUCUGAGUUAAAAUAAAACCACA